AUGAUACUCUCUUCCGUUAUUUUCUUCUUUCUUUUGCUAACAACUUCUUCAAGCUCAAUAGACACAAUAACCGUGCAUCAAAACAUCACUGAUGGGGAAACCAUUUCGUCUGUGAAUGAAAGGUAUGAGCUGGGUUUCUUUAGCCCUGGCAGUUCAAAAAACCGAUAUCUUGGGAUAUGGUUUAAAAACACGACACCUCUUAGCGUUAUAUGGGUUGCUAACAGGGAGACUCCACUUAAGAAUCACUUAGGCACGGUCAAAUUGGACAGCCUAGGACACUUGUCUAUUCUCGAUGGUAGAGGUAUCGUCUAUUGGGCAUCCAACUCGUCGGCACCCAGAUCAUUUGUUAAACCUAUAGCACAACUCUUGAGUACGGGCAAUCUAGUGAUCAAGGAUGAAGUUAGUCCCGAUGAGGACGACUUCAUUUGGCAAAGUUUCGAUUACCCUUGUGAUACCAUUGUAUCAGGAAUGAAAAUGGGCAAAAAUCUUAUAACAGGAAGAGAAAUGUAUGUGACAUCUUGGAAAAGUGAAGUGGAUCCAUCCCUGGGUUAG